CGACAGCCUUUUAAACAUGCCUUCACUGUCGCACGCCGUGGGAGUGCUGCUAGCGCUGCUUGCCCUGGCCACACCACAACUGGGCACCGCCUACUCCUACAGCAUGCGCUUGCCGAGCGGCAGCAGCCCGAUUGUGGCCGGCAGUGUCAAGCCACCGAAUCAGAACAAUCAACUGCUGAUGCAAUCUCCAUCCCUGGACAAUGUUUACAUGGACUACUUGGUCACGUCGAAGCCGCUGAAUUUGCGCAAAUACAACAAGAGCGGCGGCAAAAUCAAGAAAACCAAAAAGGAUUCGAAAAUCUAUUUUAUACCCAUACCACCGCUGCCGUAUCGCUAUAUACCCGGCUUCGGCUACGACUACCAGCCGAUGAAAAUCAGGCCCAUCAUGCCGGAGACAACCAGUUCGACGACACCAGCACCCAGGCCGACAACUGUUAAGCAUCGCCUCAGCCAGCCAACGACAGCGACGCCAUCGACUGCUCAGCCGGCGCAAAAUAAAUUGCUGCGCGUCCAGCAUCACAAGGAUUACUAUUUCAAUGGACGCCCGUUCCGAUUGCAGGUGGCGCAUGCCGAUCGCAAGUCCGCCCUAACGCCACAUAAUCUUAAAUCCAAAUUCUAUUACAAUAAACAUAUUAUUUAUUAAUUAAUUUAAA